AUGGAGGCAUACCUCCCAGAGGUACGCAAAAUAGAGAAGCAAUUCUUGGGCCUAGAGUUGCAGCACGUGCCCCGCGGCACGAACAGGGAAGCCGACGAGAUGGCCAAAAAGGUGUCCAGGCGCCUGCCUCAGAAGCCUGGCGUCUCCGAAGAGCGACUCUUCAAGCCUUCAGCAGCCCCUCCGGCUGCGGAAUCGGCGCCACCUCAGGAGGGGCUUCCCCCACCACCAGCCUCGGGAGCCCCUGCCUGCGGUCCAACCGUAGGAGCACGCCUGCUCCUGGUGCUCGAGCCCCAGGAGGGGUGCUCGACCGAAGAGUUCAGGGCGUACCUGGUGCAAGGAACACUGCCAAAGAAGGAGGAAGGCGCGGAGCGCGUGGCCCGGAAGCAAGGAUGCGAGCUAUUAGCUGACAUACACGGUGGGGAUUGCGGGCAUCAUUCGUUGUCGCACACUCUGGUGGGCAAGGCGUUCCGCAGCGGAUUCUACUGGUCCACGGCGCUCAAUGACGCAACCAAGCUGGUGAGACUGAACACGCCUAAGGACAAGGUCGCGUUCCUCAAGGCUCUGGGCAUGGACCCUGCGGCUAUGAUAGCGGCACAAGGCUUGCUCAUAGCGUGCAGCACGUACGGCAGCUCGGAGACGGUUCUCCUCAAGGAGAACGGCAUCGUCAUGUCGGUGCUGCUCUUGCUCUACUUCAUCAUAGGAAAAAAAUCGAGGUGA